GCCCUAAUUGGGUUUUACGAACAACGGCGAAUAUAUCCUACUGCCCUUGGAAACCUACGAACGCAACCGAUAUCAGAUUUCGCAAGAAAUCGUGCAUUGGGGCAGGAGGAGAGACCACGGCAAUUGUUCUGGCGAAGCAAAAUAUACGGAAACAUUGCUGCCUUCGUAGCCACUUCUGAAGAAGUGCUCAACAGAUUUAUUAGCGGACAAUGUUUCAAAUUCGCCAGUCUGGUGGCGGGCAACGUUUUCAAUUACGUGGUUUGAUUUUGAGUCAAGUUAAAUUAUUAUUGCAACUGCCGAAAGAACCAGCUUCGCUGCAUAUUCGCUUGCGAUACUAGCAGGUUGCAGACCUCUGCAGUCUUUUUUUGUUUGUUCUUUUUGUUUUUUAUUCGCUGUCGUUUUUGCCGUAGGAUAUAUGAAUUGGCGAUAUCGGCUAGAACACAUUUGCAAUUGCAAGCAAAUUGCCAGAAGAUUUCUUUUCUUACCACUGCUCACUUGAUUAUGUAAACACAUACAGUGAAUGACGGUGCACGUUGUAGCAAGUUCUAUGAUCAAUAUUUGCAGAGAAGAGGUUCCAGUGCCUCAAAAAGUAGGUCAAGAACCGGGAACAUUGGAAUUUGCAGACCCUGAAGAUGGAACACUGAGAGAAGGAAGGCUGUAUUACACAGAUUAUGACACAUGUGUCAUUCUUGAUUUUGAACUUCGUGGUCAUCAAUGUGCGCUCUGGGUCCGGAGAGACAUAGUUGACUCCGUGCCGCAAGAAUGCGUCGAUCAAUUUGAAGACACUUGCGGUGUGGUGGUUCCUCAGCACCGCAGGGAAUUCUGCGGUGACGACGAUAUCGUGCUUUAAUCAUACGGAUCGGGAACACCAUCAACGGAAUAGCAGAAAAUAAAAAUAAAAAUAAAACUAAUGGACUAAAAUAAUUUUUUUAAGGCGGACUGCAGAGUUCAAGAGAAUCAAGUACAUGCAGGGCUCAUGUGCAGAUUGAACUCCUUUGUCACUUGCAUUUAAAGAAUACUUUCUUGCAGGUGAAGCUAUCGUAUUGUCAUCUUCUAAAGCAUAGACAAAACUAGUUAGCAUCGACAAGCUGACUAAAGUAAAAUAAAGCAUCCUAAAGAAGGGCUCUUAUUUUACUUUACAAGAGCCA